AAACGUUCGUUCAAUUAACAACUGCAGUGCGCUGAGGAAUCAGUCGAAAGGAUAAUUUUGUCUUUUGGAUUACACUUUUGAGCUUCUAACAAGAUGAAGAACUUUGCUCUCUGUCUGCUGGUCGCCGCCUUGAUGAGCUGCUGCCAGGCUGCCCCACAAAAAGCGGACGAGCCUAUUGCCAUCAUCAGCCAGGAGUCCAACAUAGAACCAGAUGGUUCCUACAAUUAUGCAUAUGAGACAGCCAACGGAAUUAAGGCUGAGGAGACUGGAACCCUGAAGAAAGCCUCCUCCCCCGAUUCCAGUGAUGUGAUCAUCGCCAGGGGAUCGGUGUCGUAUACCUCGCCCGAGGGCAACCUGAUUACCCUGAACUACUCCGCUGAUGAUGAGAACGGUUUCCAGCCUCAGGGUGAUCAUCUGCCCACACCACCACCAAUCCCACCAGCGAUCCAGAAGGCUCUGGACUACCUGCUCAGCCUUCCCCCGGCAAAGCGUCGUUAAGAAAGGACUAGGCACCUUAAUUUUGACCAACGAUUCUGACCAACUUCAAAUGUUUAAGUAGAUGCUGCGGUGUUGCUUUAAGUUGAUUGCUGCAUACUCCCCCAAUCCCCAUCCCUAGACAAUCACACAUAAGACACAAGCCAAGGGCUGGAGCCUCCUCCUCCUUCUCUCACUUGGGAGGAUAAAGGUCGGCCAAAUCCACUGACUGAAGAACACGAACUCAAACGGAUUUGAGGGACAACACCACACUAAAACAACAGUCUAAUUUUCUUGCUUUCUUCCAAACAAACUCUCUUCUAAGCGAAUUUCUUCAGAUCUUUUAGUCGCCGGAACUUUGCCAUUUUCGGACUCAUGUGAUAUCGUCGAUUUAUCAAUGAAAUCAACAAAGAAAAUGUUAAAAAAAAUAAUAACAAUGGACAAGAAAUUACAUAAAUAAUAUACAGGAAUAUUGUUCACAGCUAACUUUGUGUAAAUAGUCUGUAAAUUAGAAACAUUUACACGUAGUCUAAGCCAAGGUGAGGUCGUUGAGGUUUUUGGCCAACAAAUGUCUGGUUUGACUCCUCGUUGCCUGGAACAUUAUGUAAUCACUUGUAAAGAACUAUGAAGAUAUUCUUUUAGCCUUAGCUGCAAAUAAAGAAUUAAAGAUUCUUUCGAAAACUAAAAA